GAAAAUUUGUCAGCUGUUAUGCAUCAGACACACCCUUUUGAAGGUUUUGGUAUAUGCUAUCAUCCCCCAUCCGAGCUUGUCACAGACUACUCUCAAUGGAUAGAUAAAGGACUACUAAAAUCGCAUGGCAACAAGAAUUCGAAGGAGGAUCAUUACAGAUCUAAGUGCUCUUCAUUCGGCUUUGAAAAAAUAGACUUUGUAGUGGCAUUUCCUAAAGAUAAGAACUGGUUCUACCUAAUGUCACAGCCGAACAGAUGCUGGAACGAUGAGCACAUCGAUGUAAUAUUUUACUACCUUCGGAAGAAAUCGAAGAUGCAGUUGAGCAAUCAGUAUCGAUACACAACGACAAACUGCAUUUUCAAAAUUUACAUCGAAUAUGCACACACACGCUACUAUCACCUUUCACCUAACAUUUCUACACAAGAAGAUAUGGCAAGGGCCACUGUUACAGCUCAUCACGAGAGAUCCGUGAAGAACAUAAUAAGAGGUUUCUCAAUACCAGCCGGUUUGCCCUGGCAUUUGGUAGAUGAGGUAUACAUUCCAGUAAACUGCGACAGGGAUUUUCAUUGGGUUCUUGCGGUAGUUGUGUUGAAAGAGAGGUUGAUACGUGUGUAUGAUUCAUCGCCUAGACGAAGAAGUAGCAACCCUUCCCUAGAGAUCCAAAAGAUAGCAGCAAUGCUACCAACAUACCUGUAAGACAGUGGUUUCUUUGACAACAACGAACGUAC